UACCCCAUUUCACUGACUGGCGAAUUUCUCUCUUAUUGUGCUGUAUCGGGAGACUCAGAAUCAUCUUCUUCAUCUACGAUUGCUCUGUUCGAUUUCGGUGAAAAUCAAUGGCGUUUUUGCUCAACAACACAGCUUUAUCGAAGCUUCGACUCAAUCCUCAGAAGACCGAUGAAUCAUUGAUGCUGUCACGACGUGGGAUCCAUAUUGAACCCGGGGCUCGUGAGAAGGCUCUCUUGGCAGCAGAUCCCUCCUUGAAACGCUUCAAAUCACAUAAACAAAGUGUGCGAACCCUCAAAAGGGUGGGAGAUGUUCUAACUAUUGUUGUAGUAGCAGGAUGUUGUUAUGAGAUAUAUGUAAGAGCUGUUAUGCGGGAAGAAGCAAGGAAGCAGGCAGAAGGAAGUGCAUAAUGCAGAUCAAUCCCUUUUUGCAUAUCUUCGAAACAUGGGGUAGAAUGGGAUAAUGAAAGUUGAAUAUCUUGAUACUAAGUAGCUGAAACUCGUGUUUUGACUUUUGUUUGGGUUGGUGGUAUGAAAAUAAGAUGGCUCCAAACAGUUUUGAGGCUGCAUUCAACCCCAAGAACUUUGCAUGCAAAUUUUGGUUUUAUUUGAACUUAAAAUCUAUGUGAUUCCUGGUGAGAUUUUCUCACCUAAAGUUCACUUAAUGUUUCUGUGUUAAAAGAUUAAGUAAACAAUGGCAAUGAGGGCCUGUUUGGAUUGCCUUA